CGUCGAGUAUUGUCAUGUUGAUAUUUGGAUUAAAUUAGAUAUCGGUUAUUGCAGACCAAGAGCACACGUCGGGAAAAUAUAAAUGUUCAGACGGGCGGGAUACGUCGGACGGAUUGACGCGCGCGCAACCUGCCGUCGAUAGUGCUUUAAUUAGAUUUAAUUUUCGAAAAUAUAAUUUAAUUUGUGUUUAAAAAUUUACAAAAAUGGUGAAAAUAAAAAAUUUAGGAAACCAAACCGAUAAAAAUGAUGUGAAACACAACAAAACUAAGGAACCCCCGAAGAAAACACCUCCGGGAUUUUUCUCGCGUUUAUUAUAUGCAUGGACAUUUCCGCUAUUUUAUUUUGGAUACAGACGCGAUUUGGAGGAAUAUGAUUUAGUGCCGGCAAGAACACUUUACGAUUCAAAAAUUGUUGGAGACACAUUAGAAAGAAAAUGGCUUGAAGCUGAGGCAAAAAGCAAACUUACAGGAAAAAAACCUUCCUUUGCAAAAGUUCUUUUCAAGACUUUUUUCUGGUCAUUCAUACCUGGAGGAAUAAUGCAGUUUUUGUAUGUCGCUCUGAGAACUGGGACGCCGCUACUGUUUGCGGAGCUACUAAACUACUGGUCAGUAAACUCUACUACGAGUAAGACGACGGCGUCGUACUAUGCGGGAGCUAUGGUGGUAGCAAAUUUGCUCGCUGCCUUUUUCAAUCACCAAGGAAAUAUGUAUUGCCAGCAGUAUGGUAUGAAACUGAGAGUAGCAACUAGUACGUUGAUGUUUAGGAAGAUAAUGCGAAUGAACAACGGAUCACUGGGCGAGACUACGGCAGGGAAGGUGGUAAACUUGCUAUCGAACGAUCUCCAACGGUUUGAUCUGGCCUUCCUAUUUCUGCACUACGUGUGGAUUAUCCCCAUACAGCUGGUUGUUGUUUGCUAUCUGGGAUAUAUGCAAGCUGGAUAUGCAGCGCUCAUCGGCUUUGCCUCACUGCUCGUUAUCGCACUACCAAUUCAAGGGUUCCUUGGUCAGGUGCUGGGCAAAGUGAGGUUACGUACAGCUGAAAGGACCGACGAGCGAAUCAAAGUUAUGAGCGAAGUUAUAAAUGGAAUACAGGUCAUAAAAAUGUACGCUUGGGAGAUACCGUUCCAGAAAGUUGUCGGCCAAAAAAGGAUGGACGAGCUCAAAGAAGUGAAGACGGCUACCAUAUUAAGGACAGUGUUUCUAGGUUUUAUGAUCUUCACAGAAAGGGCAGCCUUAUUUCUUACGAUCAUGGCUUUCAUCCUGUUUGGACACAUGAUGUCCGCUAACACUAUAUAUCCACUACAGCAAUUCAUGAGCGCGGUGCAAAUCAAUAUUACUUUGAUAUUGCCGCUGGUGCUUUCCUUCACGAUCGAGCUUUUCGUGUCCUUGCGAAGAGUGCAAGACUUCCUGGAAUAUGAGGACAGAGCAGACUUCAUUGACAAAUCUGUAACACCACAGUCUCAACUGUUUCGUAAUGUCACGGGCAGCUUUAGGGAAUCCAAGAAAUCCAUUCGGCCACUUUCCUACCACAUGAAGCCUGAAGGUGUCAUUACGAAUGGAUUUAAUAAAAAUAACUCCAUUAGCACUAACGGUUCAAUAAGAAGAUAUCGCAGAAGUCUUUCACUAUCUAAUGAUACUGCAGUGGAAAUCCGUGAUGUAUCAGCUAGCUGGACUGGCGAUCCAAAUUUUCUGGCACUCAAGAAUAUUUCACUACGCAUCCGUCAAGGGAAACUUUGUGCUAUUAUUGGUGCUGUUGGAUCUGGGAAGUCAUCCAUUUUACAACUGCUGCUCAAGGAAUUGCCAGCAGCGACUGGCAGUGUUUCUGUGUACGGAGAGAUGUCUUACGCCUGCCAAGAGGCGUGGCUUUUCCCGAGCACCGUUCGAGAAAACAUAUUAUUCGGCAUACCUUAUGACCCGGAAAAAUAUAAGAGGGUAUGCAGAGUAUGCGCUUUGGAGAAGGACUUCAAACAGUUUCCAUACAGCGACCAGACGCUGGUGGGGGAGAGGGGGGUAUCCCUGUCCGGGGGGCAGCGGGCCCGAAUCAAUUUGGCACGGGCCGUCUACAGAGAAGCUGACAUCUACCUAUUAGAUGAUCCACUGUCAGCAGUAGAUGCCAACGUGGGCCGUCAAUUGUUCGACGGCUGCAUCAACGAGUAUUUGCGAGGCCGAACGCGCAUCCUGGUCACACAUCAGAUACACUUUUUGAAGGCCGCCGAUUUUAUUAUUCUUUUGAAAGAUGGUAGUGUAGAAAACAUGGGAACAUUCGAUGAACUGGUAUCAUCCGGAAAAGAGUUCGCUCAACUACUAUCGUCAUUGCAAGAAGGAAAAGAUCAAGACACUGCAAGCAUUGCGUCAGGGAAGGUGGAAGAAAAAGAAAAGCCCGCAUUGUUGAGAGCACUGUCCACCAAAUCUGGUGCGGAUGAAGAUACUCGCCAAUUCGAAGCACAGAAAAUGGCUGCCGAGGAGAAGCAAUCCGGCAAUUUGCGAUGGGAGGUCAUAUACUCGUAUUUCAGUGCUGGAGGGAAUAUUUAUUUUAUACUUUUCACUAUGUUCUUGAUAUUGGGCGCUGCUGCGGCUGGCUCAUCUGCCGAUUUUUGGAUCAGUUUUUGGACAAACGAAAUGGCAAAAUUCGAGGAAGAAGCUGGAACAAAUGAAAUUGAUAAGGACCUAAACACCCAAGUUGGUCCUUUCACUACGGGACAAUACCUCAUCAUUCAUGGUGUACUUAUCAUUGCCACCAUUCUUCUUGUCCACAUCCGAGUGCCAGCCUUCGUCAGACUCUGCAUCAGGGCUUCGAAGAAACUCCAUGACCGCAUGUUCUCUACAUUAAUUAAGGGAAUCAUGCGAUUCUUUGACACAAGCUCUUCAGGACGCAUUCUAAAUCGUUUCACUAAGGACAUGGGUGCAUUGGAUGAAAUUCUGCCCAGAACAUUAUUAGACGUUUUCCAAAUAUACAGUACACUUAUAUUCAUUUUGAUCCUCAACGCAAUAGCCUUGUAUUGGACUCUGAUCCCUUCAGCAAUAUUGAUGUUGAUAUUCUUUUUCUUUGUAAAGUUAUAUCUAAGAACGGCACAAGGCGUAAAGAGGUUGGAAGGCGUAACAAAAAGUCCGGUAUUUGGAACGGUGACAUCGUCUCUAAAUGGAAUUGCAACAAUUAGAGCGGCUGGUGCCCAACAAAGACUUAUUACCGAGUUCGACAAUCAUCAGGACCUUCAUACCGCCGCUUGGAAUUGUUACCUGGGUUGCGGCUGUACAUUUGGAUUUUAUUUAGACACGUUAUGCCAAAUUUAUCUUACGGUGAUCAUCUUCGUGUUCUUGUAUGUAGACUUUGACGAAGUGAUGCAAGUGGGCAGCGUGGGGCUGGCGGUGACGCAGAGCAAUAUCCUGACGGCGAUGCUGCAGCAUGGUGCCCGCAUGUUGGUGGAGUUCCUGGCACAGCUCACCAGCGUGGAGCGAGUGCUGGAGUACACGCGCAUUGAGACAGAGGUCAACUUGUACGAAGGACAAUUGGCUUUGCCACCCAAUUGGCCGUCGCGAGGUCAAAUUGUAUUUCAAAAUGUAACCAUGAGAUAUGCCCCCGACGAAGAUCCGGUACUCAAACGAUUAAAUAUUUCUAUUGACAGUGGAUGGAAGGUUGGUAUUGUUGGCAGGACAGGAGCGGGCAAAUCAUCUCUAAUCUCGGCAAUAUUUAGAUUUGCUUUCAUUGAAGGCGAAAUAAUGAUUGAUGAUAUUGACACGUCAAAGCUUGCAAAGCAGACUUUAAGAUCAAAGAUUUCAAUCAUCCCUCAAGAGCCUGUCCUAUUUUCUGCUACUAUAAGAUACAAUUUAGAUCCAUUUGAUAUAUACACUGACGACGAGCUAUGGUGUGCCUUAGAACAGGUAGACAUGAAAUCAGCAGUUCCUUCAUUGGAUUUUAAAGUGACUGAGGGUGGCGCAAACUUCUCGGUCGGUCAAAGGCAGUUGAUGUGCUUAGCGAGAGCAGUUUUACGAUCUAACAAGUUACUGAUAAUGGACGAAGCCACCGCAAACGUUGAUCCACAGACCGACAACUUUAUACAGCAGACUAUUCGAAAACAAUUCGCAUCGUGCACCGUCCUCACUAUCGCACAUCGUCUGAAUACCAUCAUGGAUUCCGACAGAGUCCUAGUCAUGAGCAGCGGGGAAAUUGCCGAAUUCGACCAUCCUUACAUCCUUCUAUCGGAUCCCAAUAGUAUGUUCUCGUCGAUGGUCAGGGAAACUGGAGAAAAAAGCAGUGAAAAGUUAUUUGAAGUAGCAAAAGAAAAAUACUUCCAGAGCAAUAGUACUAAAUAAAUUGAAUUAUUAGGAAAUAUGGAAUGAUCGCAAUGGUGUGUAGUCAGUUCACCGUAUCUGUAUGAAAUGGCUAAUGAAUGUAUUGAAAUUAAUACGAUGAAGUGGAAGUGGAAGUCGUCUAAAACAUGUCUAUUGUAAUAGUGUUUUUUAUUACUAUAUUUUUUUAUAAAUUCAUAUUCAGUUUUUAAAUUAAAACUCAAAUCAACUUCAGUUUUUAUAUAAAGUACGCUUUUAUUGAAGCUCAGUUUGUCAGCUCACGCUCCUGGAGGAGGUAGUAGAUUUUAAAGAUCCAGACACUCAACCGUCUAAGUACAAAGCUUUUAAAAAAUCUAUCAUUUGAUUCCAUGAGUGUUUUUAUUCAUCAAUAAUAAAGUUAGUAAGGUAGGAAGUACACUUUACACUUGUUUGAUUUUUUUAAAGGCAAGACCAAAAUUUUCAUUAGAACUAAGUUAUGAAAUUGUAAAGCCAACCUAUAAAAGGCAUAGCUGAACCCAUGAGUAAAGUUUAUAUUUGAGAUUUUUUUAAUUAAUAUAUUAAAUGUGAGUUUUAAAAUAACUCGAAUGUUUUAUAGGAAGAAAAUAUUUCAAGUAGGCUUGUGAUUUGUAGACACUUGUGAUUAACACAAUAAAAUAUUGAAAACGGUGAUACUUAGUGUAAAUAAAUAGGCAAUUUUAUGUAAGGUUAUGUAAAAAUAUGAUAAGUGUAUAUGUAAAAUUAAAUAAUGAUUGUAUUUUUAUAAUAAAUAAAAUUAUUGUUGAACA